AUGCUAUCCCACCACUACUGUCGUUUCGUUCGUUCCUUAGGCCUCGUGGUCUAUAAUUUCGGUCCCGUUGACUGGCGCGACGUUCGUGCGACAAUUUCGACUUUGUCCCCCGAAGAUCUCCCCCUCACUCCCUUGAAACAACUCGUCAGGAAGAAAAGAAAGGAGGAUACAACCCUUAAAAACAAUCGUCCAAGUCCCAAAAGGUACCGUUGCUGGAGAUUGGAGCUACACAGAGCGCCGAGUGCAAGCCAUGUUUGGAUAAUGGGAGACACGCGAUCCCCCCUGUCGCCCGUCGAUAUGUCGGAGCCCCCUUCCCCCGAAGACAUGGCCGCAACAGAUCUUUCAACGACCCAUUCCUCUUCGUUACCGCCGCCAAAUGAGCAAUCUUUAUGCUCCGAAAAGAAAUCAACUGCGUCAAGCGUAUCGUCCAGCGGCCUAGAUCAGCCCGCGCCUGACGCUCCCGCCGAUGAUCAAGCUACAAAACCAGUCUCAGAACUCACGCCUCCGCCGCCUUUUGCAAAAGCCAAGGGAGUCACCACAUUACAGGAAGCCGAAACUUCGACAACCGUUAGCUUGAGCUCUUUGCGCAGUAUUCCCAGCAUCGUUGUCAAUGAACCCUCGUCGCGACCGGCUUCUCGUCCAGGUUCACGGCCCGGCUCUCGACCAGGCUCGCGUUGGUCAGAACGGAAAUGGGGCACUCUGAGAAGUAAGCGGUCGGCGGAGCUCGUGAGAGACACCGAAUCCCCGCCGCCUGUACCGCAAAUCGAACCUCAAUUCAGCGGCAUUUCGUUGGACAUUCCCACUGGGUCUCUUGAUGGUCUUGGUGCGCAAGCGAUGCGAUUCUCCAAACGUGGAAGUCUUAUCCAGGAGGAGGAAAGGCUACAGCUCGAGAGAAAGCUCAAGGCCCAGGAGGGAAGUGCGAAGAUGGAUGGAACCCAUCACGAUCAGAACGACACAGAGGGUCAGAACGGAUCCGCGGUGGAUAAUCCUGUGACCGCCCGGAGGCGUCCAAAACCUCGUUCCCUGCUUCGCGUAAGCCGAAGUAGCAUCCCCAGCCGGGCGAUUUCUGCAGAUGAGGAUAUGUUAUCCCGGAGGGUCAGAUUAAUGUACGCAAAAGGGGACGAGAAUGUUACAGACUCGGAAGUCGCAAGGUCAUAUGCCUUGGAGAAUGGAAUUCUAUGGGAGGAGCCAACUCCUACUAACACGGAGACAUUUGAAACCAGUGUCUCCGACGGAGAUACCAAGUCUGCUGAAUGUUCCCCGAAACCGCCCACUGAUCAUGAGAGCAGUCCGGUACCUAAAAGGGAGCAUAAUGAGUUAGCGGGAGGAAUUGAGUACUGGCAGAAUAUAAAAGCCGGAGAUGUGGAUAGGUACGGCUUCAUUCGCGCCUCGCCGUCAAGUUCUGGUGAGCCCUCGGAAUUCAGCCCUAUUCAAAGGGUCUCCACCAGCCUACUCCUGGCUUCGGAGACACCACGGCGGAAACGCUCGAUUCGACCACCGUCUGCUCUGGCAAGCAACCGUUCGUUCACAGGGCGAUCUCCCUCGCGACAAAACUCAGAGGCGUCUAUGCGCCCAGCGUCCUCACAGAGCAUGUAUAGCUCUCCCUUGCGCCGGUCUACCUCACGGUUUCGACAAGCGACAAAUCAUCUUCCCCACAAUCGCAAUCGCCGCUUCAAGGAUGAAGCUGGAGAUAUGCUCACACUGCCGACCGAGUCCGCAACUUUCGACAAGCUAGAUAGCGCUGCUGCGCGUGCGGCCCGGAAAAAAGAAUGGGAACGAGAGGAUAAGUGGACUAAAAUGGCUAAACCCACGAGUAAGGGCAAAGAUGGCGGUGGGAUGACGUUUGAAUUUGACACGAAAAGUUCAAAGCUCAUUGAACGGACGUGGAAAGGUAUACCCGACCGCUGGCGCUCCUCAGCAUGGUACGCGUUCUUAGAAGCCAGCGCCAAGAAGCACAAAGAUAGCCCAACAGACAAGGACCUCAUUGAAGCCUUCCAGGAGUACCAGUUGGUUUCAUCCCCCGACGAUGUUCAGAUUGAUAUCGACGUUCCGAGAACAAUAUCCAGCCAUAUCAUGUUUCGACGACGCUACCGCGGUGGUCAACGUCUUCUUUUCCGUGUCUUGCACGCAAUGUCCCUGUAUUUUCCAGACACGGGAUAUGUUCAGGGCAUGGCAGCUCUGGCGGCUACACUGCUUGCUUACUAUGAUGAGGAGCACACAUUUAUUAUGCUCGUUCGGCUGUGGCAAUUGCGAGGACUAGAGAAGCUCUACCGCUCAGGGUUCGCAGGGCUCAUGGAGGCUCUUGGUGACUUUGAACGGGAAUGGCUGGAAGGAGGAGAAGUUGCGGCUAAGUUGACCGAACUUGGAAUUCCACCUACAGCAUACGGUACUCGUUGGUACUUAACCUUGUUUAACUACUCGAUCCCAUUCCCGGCCCAACUUCGAGUUUGGGAUGUCUUCAUGCUGCUCGGCGAUGCAGAUGACGGCGUUUUAUCGAGCUCCGGCAAAGGUGGCAAGGGAGAAGUUGCCAAAGCAGACGGCUUCGGCAGGGGCUUAGACGUCCUUCAUGCAACUUCAGCGGCCCUCAUCGACGGCAUGCGUGAGAUUAUCCUCGAUUCCGACUUUGAGAACUCCAUGAAGGUCCUCACUAGCUGGAUUCCGAUCAAAGAUGUCGAGCUCUUUAUGCGUGUCGCCAAGGCCGAGUGGAAAGUCCACCGUCGAAAGAAGUUGGCAUAA